CUCCAUUUUCUACCUCUCCUUCAGGGAAAGACGACUUCAUCGACUACUUCCACGACAGAUCUUCACCGAUCAACUUCAAACACAGCCCACAAAACUUCAGCCACAUAUUAGUCCAACAAAUGACCAACGCUGUUAGAAAUCUCUACGCAACCAACGUGAGAAAGAUCGUCUGUGCUGGCGUACUACCGUUAGGGUGCGCACCUGACAUGCUACUUAUGAAGUUCGAUAGUUCUUCCAACGGUGCAAGAGGAGAAAUAGAGGGUUGUUUGGAUGAGGUUAAUAUGGCUGUCUUGGAGUAUAAUACGAGGCUGGAGGAGAAUAUCGUUGCCAUUAACGUGGAAUUGCCCGGGGCCCACGUAGUCUUCUGCGACGUUUAUCGAGCUUUAAUGGAGUUCAUCCACAACCCCGAAGCCUAUGAAAUAGAGGAUGUAAAGAACGCGUGUUGCGGAAAAGGUAGGUAUGGUGGGGAGAGUGGUUGCCCCUCGAUGGAGAUUGCGUGUGAUGACCCUACAAGACGCGUGUGGUGGGACCUAUCUAACCCGACCCCUGUGGUCAACUCUUUGUUGGCCGAUUCAGCUUGGUCAGGACGACCCUUGUCUUCCAUUUGUCGUCCAAUUACCGUGCAUGAAUUGCUCUCCAUUUCAGUGUAAACGUAACGGUCAAAUCUAUGCUGCAUUCGUGGACGAGUACACCGAGUGGAAGAUGGACCGUUUAUUCACACACACCAACAUUGGUGUGUGUGUGUGGGGGAAUGGAAUUUGCUAUACCAGGUGGUGUAUUUUACUGAGUGUAGCAUCUAAUAAACGAGUAUGAACACUUCAGGUUUUGUCUCCCGAUGAAAGAAGUAUUGUUUAAAUCAAAUAUGAAUACACAUCUAAUAAAAUCAAAAUGUUAUUUAAAAAUAGAACAUGUAGUAGCUACAGCAUACAUAAAUAUAUAUAAAUAUAAAUGGUAAAAUCAA